AUGCCUCUAUUUGGUAAGUCUCAGAAAGGACCAGCAGAUGUUGUGAAAGCUCUCAAAGAAGCAGUAAAUUCCCUCGAGAAAGGCGACAAGAAAGCCGAGAAGGCGCAGGAGGAUGUAUCGAAGAAUCUUGUCUUGAUCAAGAACAUGCUGUACGGCACUUCUGAUGCGGAGCCCCAAGCAGACAUCAUAGUAGCCCAACUAGCUCAAGAACUCUACAAUAGCAAUCUGUUGCUACUACUAAUCCAAAACCUCAACAGGAUCGACUUCGAAGGAAAGAAAGAUGUAGCACAAGUAUUCAAUAAUAUAUUAAGAAGACAAAUCGGUACCAGAUCGCCUACAGUAGAGUACAUUUGUACAAAGCCUGAAAUUUUAUUUACACUAAUGACUGGUUAUGAGCAUCAGGAGAUAGCCCUAAAUUGCGGAACAAUGUUACGUGAAUGCGCUCGAUACGAAGCACUGGCCAAAAUAAUGCUGUAUUCCGAGGAUUUUUACAACUUUUUUCGUUACGUCGAAGUCUCCACGUUCGACAUAGCUUCGGACGCGUUCUCCACCUUUAAGGAACUGUUGACCAGACACAAAAUUUUAUGCGCCGAUUUCUUAGAAACCAACUACGAUAAAGUUUUUAGUCACUACCAGAGACUGUUGAAUUCCGAGAAUUACGUGACUCGACGCCAGAGUUUGAAGCUUCUUGGCGAAUUACUACUCGAUAGACAUAAUUUCACCGUUAUGACCAGGUAUAUUUCCAAUCCUGACAAUCUGAAAUUAAUGAUGAAUAUGCUUAAGGAAAGAUCGAGGAAUAUUCAGUUUGAAGCUUUCCACGUUUUUAAGGUAUUUGUGGCCAAUCCUAAUAAACCGAAGCCUAUAUUAGAUAUUUUAUUACGGAAUCAAGAAAAACUCGUAGAAUUUCUGAUAAAAUUCCACACGGAUCGAGCCGAAGACGAACAAUUUAACGACGAAAAGGCAUACUUAAUCAGACAAAUAAAGGAGUUGAAACCGAUACCCGGACACUAA